AUGGCCCUGCUCAUUUUGCUAUCACCCUGUGCACGAGAUGUUGCUGGCUGGCAGUACCACCAUCCCUCUGUGGACAGAACUGUGGCAGAGGGACUGGAGGAGGAAGCAGUGAGCAUGGCCAGCAACCCCAGUGCACUGCCCCGGGUAACCUUCCAGACACCGGAGAAACCUGGGGAGGAAUCAUCACACAGGAAACUGGGCAAGUUGACCAUAAAGUAUAACCGCAAAGACCUACAGCGCUGGCUAGACCUGGAGGAAUGGAUCAAUGCCCAACUGCAGGAGCUAUACCAAUGCCGGCUAAGGGAAGAAACAGAGACAGCAGCUCCUGAACCACAAAUUGAUCUUGAAGAUCUCCUGGAGGUCCCUAAUGAAGAACAGAAAUUAAAACUACAGGAAAUCCUCCAUGAGUGCUCCAGCCCUACAGAGGACUUCAUUACGGAAUUGCUUAGUCGAUUGAAAGGUCUCCGGAGAGUCACCAAUCCUCAGAAGAAAUGA